AUGUCUGCGACAACAACACCAUCUCUCUCUCUUUCGAAUUUCAGACCAGUAUUCCAAAAUCCAGCUAAAACCCACCAAUUAUCUCCACUCUCUUUGUCUGUUUCAAGGAGAAAGUUCUUGUCUUCCGAUAAACAACAAGCUCCUAAGGUUCUUCUUCUUCACCAGGAAAAAACCCAACUAUGGAGAUCCUCUGCAACUCCAGAGGAAAUUUCCCAGGAGAUCGUUUCUUCUGAUUCUUCAUCUUCCGAAGCCAUUGUCUCUAGUGGUGGUCAAGAUGGUGUCGCUUUGAUUAUACAAGUGCUUCUCAUUGUCGCGUUUCUUGCUCUCUCUGUUCUCACCAUUGGUGUUGUUUACAUUGGAGUGACUGAAUUUCUGGGGAAGAGGGAGAGAGAGAAGUUUGAGAAAGAAGAGGCAGCAAAGAGAUCAAAGAAAAGUGGGAAGAAGAAAGCAACGAGAGCCAAAGCUGGACCAAGAGGCUUCGGUCAGAAGAUUGAAGAUGACGACAUUGACAUUGAUCUUGAUUGA